AUGUCGUCCGCAUCCGGAGUUGACAGUGAUCCCGCCUCUUCCCCCAUCCCAUUCCCACCGCUUAAGGACGACGAGGUGUUGCUCCGUCUGGACAUUCCUUCGAACUGUGGUGCUGGUCUCAAUGGCCCCUACCUCGGAGAACUCUCCAACCCACCAAGCCACAACACAAUUGGCUACGGCAGUGCCGGUACGGUCCUAGAGGCCGGACCUAAAUGCUUCCUUCAGCGCGAUGACAAGGUCGCUAUCAAUCUCCUUACUCCAUGCCGCAGGUGUCAUGCGUGCUGCAGGGACAAAGAAUACAGCAAAUGUAUCUCCAAAAGUCUCCACACGCAGUACACCCCUGGAAUGUUUAUCUCACUUCCUCGAGCGCUCGUCGCACUGCUUCCACCCCCACUCACACUUGAGGAAGGCUCGCUCAUUCAGGUGCUCGCUCUCGCGGUUAAGAUGGUCAACAAGGCGGACCCAAAGCCUGGGCAGGGAGUUAUCGUGCUCGGUGUAUCCUGUCUCGGAAUUAUUUUUUGUCUCCUGGCGCGCGCACGAGGUGUGAGGCAAAUAAUGGUCGUGGACCGUGAUGAUGGCCGUUUGAAUGUCGCGAGAAAGUUUGUCCGUUUUCUGGAGACUCAAUCAGCCGACACAGUAGCGGUGAUGACAUGUGUGGUCCCCGAGGGGACUGAUGCGGCGAAUGGUGCUGCAGCGGUGGUGCAGGCAUUUGGCAGGGAAGCAGAUGUCUGUGUAAACGCAACUGGGGAGUAUGGCCUAAUGAAUGUGGCAUCCAAGACGGUGAAGAGUGGGGGCGUGUAUGUCCAUGCUGGGGUUAGAGAGAGUGAAGUAAGUUGGGACGUGUUGGGAAUGUGGAGAGAGGACAUUACAAUCCAUGGGGAAGUAUGCUGUGAAGAUUUGAAUUAUGAGGAGGCAGUAAAGAUGGUGAUGCUUGGAGAGGUGAGCCUUCGUGAGUUUUGUCCCCAGGAAUAG